UAGCGUAAAUUAGCGAAUAAAAUACACAAUCUUGCGUUUUGAAAAGCAAAAAAUUAGAGAUUAGAGAGAAAUCGAUCACCAUCUCCGACCUUCUCUCUCAUCGAAGCGUGUCUUCUCUCUCUACAAAAACACGCACGUAAACACAUAUCAGCUUCAUUCGUCUACGUACUCGUGCAAUGACAGGGUCAAAGUGGAGAGUUCUGUAACUAACCCUUUAGUUUAUGAGGCGCCGUUGGUCGAGCUUUGUGAUCUUAAGCAGUAUUGUGAUGCCAGAUCACAGGAUGACCCCAAGCUCACGUCUCACCACUAGGCGGGCAUCUCGGAAUUUCCGGCGCAUGUUACUGCUAAUACUCGGUUCUGUUUCUGUCGUUGCAAUCAUAGUACAUGCUGAGAAGAUCUCCUACUUGAUCCGCCCUCUUUGGGAUACUCCUCCAGCUCCAUUUGAGCAUUACUUACCUCAUUAUUAUGCAGAAAAUGUCUCCAUCAACAAUCUAUGCAGUCUCCACGGUUGGUCCUUGCGAUCCGAGCCACGUCGUGUCUUUGAUGCAAUCAUAUUCAGCAAUGAACUGGACUUGCUAGAAAUCAGGUGGAAAGAGCUCUACCCUUAUGUCACUAAAUUUGUCAUCCUGGAAGCCAACACUACCUUCACAGGCAUCCCAAAGCCUCUCUUCUUUGCUGAGAAUCGCAACAGAUUCACCUUUGCUGAGGGCAAGAUCGCCCACGGUGUGUUCCCCGGGCGCCUUGCCACACAUGGCUCUCACGAGCCAUUCAAAGUCGAAGCAGAGCAGCGCCGAGCUAUGAACCAUUUGCUUCGCCUCGCUGGUAUAGCUGUUGGUGACCUUCUCAUUGUGGGGGAUACUGAUGAGAUACCAACUCCUCACACUGUCAAACUGCUGCAAUGGUGCGACGGGAUACCUCCCGUGCUUCACCUAGAAAUGAAGAACUAUCUGUAUUCAUUCGAGUUCCAAGAUGACUACACCAAUUGGCACCCAACCGCGCAUGUUUUCAACCAGUGGACGCAAUACAGGCAUUCACGCCAAACUGAUGUUCUCCUAGCUGACUCCGGCUGGCACUGCAGCUUCUGCUUCCGUUACAUAAGCGAGUUCGUGUUCAAGAUGCAAGCAUACAGCCACGCAGAGCGGGUGAGGCGUAAAGACUUCUUGGAGCAUUCGAGGAUUCAGAGAAUCAUCUGCAAUGGCGAUGAUCUGUUUGACAUGCUGCCUGAGGAGUACACUUUCAAGGACUUGUUCAAGAGGUUGGGAUCAUUACCUCGAUCUGCAUCUGCUGUACAUGUUCCUGCUUACGUGAUUCAGAAUGCGGACAAGUUCAGGUUUCUCCUGCCCGGUGGCUGUGCUCGUUCGCCUGGAUGAUCGCGUGUGUCGUAGCCACUCAAAAGACUCAAUGGCAGAUGGUUUCAAAGGUUAGCUGCCUAAUGUUUAUUAUCAUUCAUCUCUGGAUGUUUUUAGAUAUAUAUACUUUGCCAGAAUCAUUUUUAGGUAGCCUGCAUUAAUUUAUAUGUUUUUGUUAUCAUACAAGACAAUCUUGCAUGCCAAGAACCAAAUUAAUCAUAUAUAUUUGAUCGUAAUCAUGUUUCUGGAGAAGGUAGCAAGAGCUUUAAUGAAUGGAUUUGGU